GUGAAAGAGCACACUCACUAUGCACUACGUACUCCACUUGCUGCAAGACCAAUUAAGAUAAGUUGUAUGUUAAUUAAUCUAAUGAGCGACCUAGCCGAUAAUAAUCUCACCCAAUCUCCUCUUUUCCUGAAGUGGUUCUUGCAUGGUAUACUUAGUGGAAGUGAAGAUGAGUUCAGUAUUAAGGAUUAGAUUUAUAUUGUGCCAGCCAACAGCUAUAGUAAUGAGAAGCCAAGUGGUGGUCAUGUUGCCAUAGAGUAAUUAUAAACAAAAACCAUGCAGCAGUAGCAAACAACCUCUUCAGAGGAAAGCACAGAAUUCCAAGAAGCACAACGCUGCAGGUUUCUUCAAGGAAACAGUAACGAGUACUAACACCUUAGUUACACAUUUUAUAGCAAACAUGCUUUUUAUUUCCCAAUGCAGCAGUUCCUCCUUCUGCUUGCAUAUGGAUUGGAUUCAGUGACUAAAGCUAGGCAUGCAGUUGUGGUUAAUUCAGCCUAUAUAGACAGUCCGGCUUACAGAACUAUGAAUCUACUCAGUGUUACUACUUUAAUCGUACUUCUUUAUGUCUGCAUUGCUAAUGGACAAAACACUGGUGUGAGAGUGGUGUUUGACUCAGUGACCCCGAACUCGUACACAGUGAUAGAGAAUGCUGAGGAACUGAUGGUGUGCAUCAGAGUAGAGGGAACCAUCACUCAAGAGUUCUCUGUCACCCUCAACACGUUUAGCGCUGGAAGUGCCACUGCAGGUGGUGUUGACUAUACUGACACCACGGCAACACACACAUUCAUCCCAUUCUCCACCCUUACCCGCUGCACAACCACUAUUAUCAAUGAUGACAACAUGCUCGAGGGAACUGAGUUCUUCUUUAUCUCUGUCUCCUCUGACGAUUCCUCAGUUGAAAUUCCUCCGCUGGCAACUGUUUCCAUCACAAAUGAUGACACCGUGGUGAUUGGUUUCAACCAGACGAGCUACUCUGCAAUAGAGGGGAUCCCAGGCAAGACGUGUGUGGUCAUUGUCAGUGGGUCUAUUGCGAGGAGUGUGUCAUUCACUGUGACACAGACAGGUGGAACUGCUUCAGGUGAUGACUACAUACCAGCACCUCUUACUGGUAGCAUCACAGUAGCCAAUGAGCCAGUGUGUGUGAACCUCCUCCUCAACACUGACAGCAUUGUGGAGGACACAGAGACAGUCCUGCUCACUGUGAACAGUACGAACUCAUCAACAACAGCCACCACCACACUGAACAUUCUCGACAACGAUGGUGUGACUGUACAACUGGCCUCGACCCAGUUGAGUGUAGUUGAGGGCAACAGUGGAACCUCUUCUCUUUCACUCUGUGUCCUUCUGACAGACGUACAGGAUAACUUGGAUAGGGACGUGACCCUACUGUUGAACACACAGCCAUCAUCAGCAGAUACGAGUGAUUUUGUCUCUCUUGUGGAUCAACCCCUCACUAUCCCCAUGACAACAGGCCUCUUUGAAAAUGUUUGCUUUCAAUUAGCUGUAAACGGAGAUACAGUUUGUGAGCAGAGUGAGUUGUACUCGGUCAGUGUGACCCCUAUGAACCCUCUGGACAUGGUGACGGGGCUAGUCGAGGUUGAUAUUACAAUUCUGGAUGAUGGCGAUUCUAUUGAAGACUGUGGUCCGCUAUCUGUUGCCAGUGGCACAGUCCAGUACACUGCCACUACCUGCGGCUCGGUUUCCACCUAUACCUGCGUGCCAGGAUUCAUUCUGGAGGGGGUGGGGUCUCGGACCUGUGAGGCCACGGGAUCAUUGUGUUUAGGACUGUGGUCAGGGAGUUCCACCACCUGCAGAUUGGCUAACUGUGGACUCCUCCCUUCUCUAAGCAAUGGAGAAGUUAGUUUUUCAACGACCACCUUCAACUCGGUGGCUUCCUACACUUGUGACUUGGGUUACAUCCUUAUUGGAGCAACCAGUUGCACGUGUCAGCUGGACGAACAAUGGUCUGGUGAUGCACCCACUUGUGAUGCUGUACAAUGCCUUUCGAUCUCAGCCCCUGACAACGGAGGUCUGAUAUUUACCAACGGCUUUAUCUUCAACUCUCUGGCUAGAUACAGCUGUGAGGGAGGCUACGAUAUAAGUGGAGCAAGCAUUCGGAUCUGUAGAUCUAUCGGAAGUUGGAGUGCCAUUGCACCUACAUGUCAACCUGUUGAUUGCAUGGGACUCAAUAAUCCGGCCAAUGGAAUGGUAGCUCUGUCCAGUACCACUUUCACACACACGGCCACGUACUCAUGCCUCAGUGGGUUUGCUCUGAUUGGGCAAGAUACUAGGGAGUGUCUGGAAACUCAGCUGUGGUCUGGAGAGGAACCAACGUGUGUUGUUGAGUGUGGUGACCUUCCUAUCCCAAGUAACGGUAUUGUGAGUUACAGCGACACCACCCUCAUCAACUCCGUAGCAACCUUCACCUGCAGCGAGAGUUACAUAGUGACUGGAGACUCCACCCGAACCUGCCUACUCACUGGAAUGUGGUCUGGCAUCCAGCCAUCUUGCGAACGAGUGGACUGUGGUCUUCUCACUGACCCUCAGUUUGGUUCCGUCACCCUGACUCCUGGUACUGGCUUGGGGUCUGUCACUACCUAUGCCUGCAAUACUGGCUAUGAGCCGAGUAGUACCACAGACAGGACUUGUCUCGGGUCAGGGGUGUGGUCUGGAGACAUGCCCACCUGCUCACUUAUUGACUGUGGAAUGCCCAGCUCCUUAAACAAUGGCGGACAAGUCACAGUCUCCCUCACCACCUUUGGCUCAUUCUCAGUGUACACUUGCCUCUCUGGCUAUGUUCUCAGUGCUCCGUCCUCAAUCCGUUCCUGUAUGGAGAAUGGGAACUGGUCAGGAUUGGAUCCAACCUGUGAUCUUAUUGACUGUGGAACACCCAGCUCCUUAAACAAUGGCGGACAAGUCACAGUCUCCCUCACCACAUUCGGCUCAUUCUCAGUGUACACUUGCCCAUCUGGCUAUGUUCUCAGUGCUCCGUCCUCAAUCCGUUCCUGUAUGGAGAAUGGGAACUGGUCAGGAUUGGAUCCAAUCUGUGAUCCUAUUGACUGUGGUCCCCGGGCCAGUCCCAUCAACGGUCAGGUAGAGACCACCCCCUCAACAACGUUCACCUCCACGGCAACUUACAGCUGUAGUAAUGGCUAUGAUCUCGUCGGGAUAACGGAGAGAGUUUGUGAGGCUGAUGGUGAUUGGUCACUGCAGGGAUCACCUGACCCUGUCUGCAAUCCUGUUGACUGCGGUCAGCUGACGUCGCCUAGUAACGGUUUGGUCACUGUUUCAGUCACUACUUUCCUCUCCGAAGCUAUGUACUCGUGUAGCAAUGGUUAUAUUUUGAUGGGUGUUGCCUCAAGAACAUGCAUGGCUGAUAGAAACUGGUCUGAUGCUGAACCAACUUGUGAACCUGUAGUGUGUCCCAGCCUGAGCAACCCAGCCAAUGGUAUUGUUGAUCUUAGCCAGGGCACCAGUCUAAAUGCUGUGGCCACGUACUCCUGUAAUGUUGGUUACAGACUGGAGGGGACAGGGCAACGAACCUGCGGUUCCGAGGGGGGGUGGUCUGACACUCAACCUGUGUGUGAAGAGGUGACCUGCCCUGAUGAUCGAGUGAACCCGAUCAAUGGGGCCAUCCAGAUUAUAACAGGACUCAACUUUGGCUCCCUCGUCACCUACCUGUGUGACCCGACUUAUGCCCUUAUUGGUACUUCCACCCAGACAUGUGAGGCCAAUGGACUUUGGACCGACGAACCACCCACAUGCCAGAUGAUCGGUUGCCCCGACAGAGCUAACCCAAUCAAUGGGACAUCUAUUCGGUUAACGGCCAAUGUUGUCCAGUUCUCAUGUGAUCGUGGGUUCACUCUGAGUGACUCUAUCCUUGCGUUUAGUCAGUGUGAACCAACAACUGGGUUAUGGUCAGGCCCAGUGCCCAGCUGCAUUAUUGAGGACUGUGGACCACCCCCUGCUAUCUCUGAUGGUACAGUGGACUCUACUGGCACAGUCUAUCUCUCUGAGGCUGCUUAUAGUUGUGAGACAGGAUUCAGAGUACAACCUCUGGCCAGCUCUGUGAGAGUGUGUGAGGUGGGAGGGGUGUGGUCAGGAGAGAAUGGAGCAUGUCAACCUGUAGAUUGUGGUUCAUUGAGUAAUCCGACCAAUGGCAUGGUGAGCCUGGACUCCACCCUCAGGGGUUCCGAAGCUGCAUAUUCUUGUCAGGAGAACUACACUCUGGUGGGCGUGGCACUGCGAGUGUGCAUGGACAAUGGGGAGUGGUCAGAGGAGGAGCCUCUCUGUGAAGACACUGAUGAGUGUGCCCUGGGGCAAGACGACUGUGACCAGGAGUGUGCCAAUACUGAGGGGGGCUACGAGUGCAGCUGUGGUGUCGGGUACAGGCAGUCCGGGUUCUCACGCUGCGAAGACAUUGACGAGUGCUUGUCCAGCAAGGGAGGGUGUGCUCAACUCUGUGUGAAUAACCAGGGCUCUCGUGAAUGUGACUGUCUCCAGGGAUUUGCACUCGACCAAGACGAUGUCAACUGUAAUGAUAUUGAUGAGUGCUUCUUGUCGGAGGACGACUGUCACAGCAAUGCCUCCUGUACCAACACACUAGGAGGGUUCAGCUGCUCCUGUCAGCAGGGUUUCCAGGGAGAUGGUCGAACAUGUAUACUUGAUUGUGGUCUCCUUCCUCCUCUUGCUAACGGGACCAUCACCUAUACCCCCGGUACUCUUGUAGGGGGCGUUGCCAUCCAUGAAUGUGAUGAGGGGUUCAUUGUUCAGGGGGGUGAGGAGAGGGUGUGUCUGGAGGGUGGAGAGUGGGAGUCUGCCGUCAUCUUUUGUUUGAAAGUUGUGCACGUGGAGUUUGAGCCGAAAGUGUACCGAGUGCUAGAAACUGUGGGGGCUGCAUUGCUACGUGUCAUCAAAAGGAACAGUACUGAUAGAGAGGUCAAUGUAUUCUUCAACACCAGAGCAGGGACUGCAGUGGCUCCUCGUGACUAUUUAGAGCGUCAGAAUUUGAAGCUCACACUGGCUCCUGGACAAAUGGAGGAGUUUGUUACCAUAUCGAUUGUGGACGGGGCAGGCUUCAGAGACAAUGUCACUGUGUUUGGGGUACUCAGUACCACUGAUGUGGGAGUCACUGUCGGGCCUGAGGCUAUGAUAACCAUCAUUGAAGAUGAACCACCAAAUGAGGAGUGUGUUUCGCUGGAGAGCCCGACGAAUGGUCAGAUUUUCCUGAACGGUACACAAAUUGGGGACACAGUGAGUUACCAGUGUGACACCGGGUUUAACUUGGUCGGUGAGGUGAACAGAACUUGCAACUCAGUCGGAUUGUGGACCAGUAGUCAGCCAACCUGCCAGAUUGCCGACUGUGGCCCUCUGUCAAAUCCCCCUAAUGGUACUGUCACUCUAUCAUUGACUACCUACCUAUCCGUCGCCAACUACUCAUGUGACCCGGAAAGCUUCCGACUGGAAGGGACGGAGUCAAGAGUGUGUACAGAAGAAGGAGUGUGGUCUCCAGAGGAACCAAUCUGUGAAGACGUGUUUGCGGUGUGUGAUGAGUGUCAUCCUCGGGCCAGCUGUGUACGAGUGGGCAAGUUACAGUAUGGCUGUGAGUGCCUGAGGGGAUUCCAAGGAGACGGAUUGACCUGUGUUGAUGUUGAUGAGUGUGCUCGUGGCAGCGGCAAUUGCGAUGAGAAUGCUAACUGUAUCAAUACUGAGGGGGGUCACUCAUGUGUCUGCAGACCAGGCUACAAGGGAGGAGGAUUGGACUGUCAAAACAUUGAUGAGUGCUCAGAGGCUAGUCACAGUUGCCACCAGAGAGCUAUCUGUACAGACACGGAGGGCAGCUUCACAUGUGUAUGCAGACCUGGCUUCGAGGGGGAUGGCUUUUCCUGCGAAGCUCCUCCAUGCUCAAGCGACUUCCAGCUGGUAUUGGAGAGCAUUGUUACAUGUUCACAGUGGUUUACUGCCGAACCACAAGCCAAAAUAUCAGACCUAACAGCUGGCGUUCUAACCACCGUCAAUAAUGAGUGUGGAGACGACUGUAUGCUACUAUCCUCUCAAAUCACUAACGCCCAACUCGACUGCACCACAAGCAAUGUAGCCGUUUACAGAGCAACACUUGAUGUCACUAACGGUGAAAACUGUACUCAACUUAUUGCUAUUCUACAAGACUGGAUCUCCACUAGUCCCUCACUUGUAGUACAAUCAGUGAGAAUAAGAAUUGCUUCGUAUUGUGAAGUUGAAUUUGAUAUUCAGAGUGACUGUAUGAACCCGUCAGACAAUGGGACUAGACCAACCACAGGUACACAAGCAACUGAACAAACGCCUAGUGGUGAAUCUGAGGGUUCAAUUAAGUAUGAUAGAGAUUAUCGCCGUGUCAGCGGUGGGAGGUGGUGUUGCCUUGUUACUCAUUCUCACCCUGCUCAUAAUUUGUUGUGUGUUUAUCGUCAGGAUAUCCAGGAUCAGCAAGACACGUCCCCCUGGUUUUGUGGAGGGUGCCUCAGCCAGUAAUGAUGCUCUCUCCUUCCAAGAGACCUCCGCUCAGAGACAAAAGCGAAUCAAACCUACCUACGUUCCCGAUUUAGCUCAAGGCUCUGAGUUCUCUACGUUUACUUCUAGCAACGACUUCACCACCCCUGCCCUCAGGAGCUCGUACUCCCAGAUGACCACACCCCUUCAGGGUGGUGACACUAUCAUGCACAAUCAAGGAGUAGCAGACAUUGAAUUCAAUUACUAGAAGUUGUUUAGUUUACUAUUAAUUUGUUCUAUCAGGCUGAAAAUUAUCAAAUGCAAAAGAGUAAUGCUUACCACUGACAGUAAAACGUUAUAACUAUUUUUUGUCAAACUGUUUCAUCUCACAUAACCAAAUUAAAUGAGGAUCAGUGUUAAAGAUAAUUUUUUUAGUAUGGUCAAUAUUAUGUCAG